AAUGCUCGGUCCUUCUUCCUUCCUUGCCCGGAUGCCCCGCACCCCCGCCCCGCCCUGCCCCGAAAUCACAAGCCGCCAUGGACGAAGAGGCAACCACAGGCAACUCGCCCGCCGCCGAGACAUUUGAUCCGGACCUGAUUCACGCCAUCUUCAAGCUGGUGUGGAGGCGGCGGGCGGGGAAGGGCGGCGGUGGCAAUGAGGACAUCGACGUGGAGCCUGCUCCAGAGACCUCGAGGAGAAAUCGGAGUACAACUGCCAAUGCAAAUGCUCUUAAAGUCAGCUGCGAACUUCUGCGAAUAUUUGUUACAGAGGCCAUUCAACGCUCUGCUUUUAUCGCCGAAGCGGAGGAUGGUACUGUCAUCGAACCCACCCAUCUAGAGCGUGUGUUGCCACAGCUGCUCUUGGACUUUUGAGGUACUCCAUGGAGCUUCCAAAACCAUCUAAGCGUGAGUGGAAUCGUGUGGCUGAUCAAUUUCUUGUAAACAUUGAUGAAAGAUAAACACGCAGCUUCUACAUCGCUUUAAAAAGUUAUUGCAAAUGCAUUUCUUGGAUU